UCAUCUAUUUAUCACUUCGAGGCCUCACCCUCAUUCGCCACCAUAUAGAGAUAUACAUACAUACAUACAUCUAUAUCUAUCUAUAUAGAGAGAGAGAGAUUUAACCCAAAAUUAUUAAAUCUCUCUCUGUUCUGUUCUCCGUGUUCCGAUCGGAUUUCCGGUUUAUAUCUCUGUGUGUAGAUCUGAUGACGUCAGCUACUAUUCUCUCAGAUCUCGGCACCGAGAUCCUUAUCCCGAUCUGUGCGGUUAUAGGCAUAUUGUUCUCGCUGUUCCAGUGGUACCUUGUGUCGCAAGUUAAGCUCGUUGCUGAGAAACCGGAUGCUGACGGAAAGAACGGGUUUACGGAGUCGUUGAUUGAAGAAGAAGAAGGUGUUAAUGAUCAUACAGUUGUUCAGAAAUGCGCUGAGAUUCAGAAUGCUAUUUCUGAAGGAGCAACCUCUUUCCUGUUCACUGAAUACCAAUACGUUGGAGUAUUUAUGGUCAUUUUCGCUGUUCUAAUCUUCGUAUUCCUCGGUUCCGUUGAGGGAUUCAGCACAAGUAGUAAAACAUGCACAUACGACACCACCAAGAUGUGCAAGCCCGCUCUAAUGACAGCAGUGUUCAGCACUGUGUCAUUCUUGCUUGGUGCCAUCACCUCAGUUGUCUCCGGCUUUCUUGGAAUGAAAAUCGCCACAUAUGCAAAUGCCAGAACCACCCUUGAGGCUAGAAAGGGUGUCAGCAAGGCUUUCAUUGUUGCGUUCCGAUCUGGUGCAGUUAUGGGAUUUCUCCUUGCUGCAAAUGGCCUACUUGUACUGUAUAUUACCAUUAAUCUGUUUAAGAUCUAUUAUGGUGAUGAUUGGGAAGGCCUUUUUGAGUCCAUAACUGGUUAUGGACUUGGUGGUUCUUCAAUGGCGCUUUUUGGUAGAGUUGGUGGCGGUAUUUACACGAAAGCUGCUGAUGUCGGCGCUGAUCUUGUUGGCAAGGUUGAGAGGAACAUCCCUGAAGAUGACCCCAGAAAUCCUGCGGUUAUUGCUGACAAUGUUGGUGACAAUGUUGGGGACAUUGCUGGUAUGGGAUCGGAUCUGUUCGGGUCAUAUGCUGAGUCAUCAUGUGCAGCCCUUGUUGUCGCUUCAAUCUCCUCAUUCGGGAACACCCAUGAUUUCACUUCAAUGAUGUACCCACUAACCGUGAGCUCCGUUGGCAUCAUAGUCUGCUUGAUCACCACCUUGUUCGCCACUGAUUUCUUCGAAGUCAAAACUGUGAAGCAAAUCGAGCCUUCUUUGAAAAACCAACUCAUCAUUUCAACCGUGCUGAUGACUAUCGGUAUCGCCAUUGUUAGUUGGAUCGCUCUUCCUUCUAGCUUCACCAUCUUCAAUUUUGGAACCCAAAAAGUAGUUAAAAAUUGGCAAUUGUUCUUGUGUGUUUGUGUUGGUUUGUGGGCUGGUCUUGUUAUUGGAUUCGUUACCGAGUACUACACUAGCAAUGCUUACAGCCCUGUGCAAGAUGUUGCUGAUUCAUGCCGUACCGGAGCUGCUACAAAUGUUAUAUUUGGUCUUGCUUUGGGAUACAAAUCAGUUAUCAUCCCGAUUUUCGCAAUAGCAAUCAGUAUUUUCGUUAGUUUCACCUUUGCCGCCAUGUACGGUGUUGCUGUUGCGGCUCUUGGGAUGCUGAGCACCAUAGCCACCGGUUUGGCCAUCGAUGCAUACGGUCCCAUCAGUGACAAUGCUGGUGGUAUCGCGGAAAUGGCCGGAAUGAGCCACAGAAUUCGUGAGAGGACCGAUGCCCUUGAUGCUGCCGGAAACACCACCGCAGCUAUCGGCAAGGGUUUCGCCAUCGGUUCAGCAGCUCUUGUAUCCUUGGCUCUAUUCGGUGCAUUUGUGAGCCGUGCCGAGAUCACAACCGUAGAUGUAUUGACCCCUAAAGUUUUCAUCGGUUUGCUCGUCGGUGCGAUGCUUCCAUACUGGUUCUCAGCCAUGACAAUGAAAAGUGUCGGAAAAGCCGCACUUAAAAUGGUUGAAGAGGUCCGUAGGCAAUUCAACACCAUUCCGGGCCUCAUGGAAGGAACUGCUAAGCCCGAUUAUGCCACCUGUGUGAAAAUCUCGACCGAUGCCUCGAUUAAGGAGAUGAUCCCGCCUGGCGCUCUUGUCAUGCUUACUCCCCUCAUUGUCGGGAUUUUCUUUGGCGUUGAAACGCUUUCUGGGGUUCUUGCUGGAUCUCUUGUUUCCGGUGUGCAGAUUGCUAUCUCUGCGUCGAACACUGGCGGUGCUUGGGACAACGCUAAGAAAUACAUCGAGGCUGGUGUCUCUGAGCAUGCGAAAUCACUCGGACCAAAAGGGUCAGACCCACACAAGGCGGCUGUGAUUGGAGACACCAUCGGAGAUCCUUUAAAGGACACUUCAGGACCGUCACUAAACAUCUUGAUCAAGCUCAUGGCUGUCGAAUCUUUGGUGUUUGCCCCCUUCUUUGCCACCCAUGGAGGCCUUUUGUUCAAGUUGUUCUAGAUUCAUAAUGAAGGUGAUGGUCGGUUAUAUGUCCUUUGAUUAGCCUAUCGUUUCAUGCGUUUAGUUGUAUCACUUGACGUCUUUGCUUUAUUUUUCGAGUCAUCUAGCAUAUGUUUCUCUACGUCUUAUUUUUGAUGUUUUGUUCGGCGAUUAGCAAUUUUUCGAUAUGUAUAAGACAUGAUAAGUAAUCCUUCUCAUCAAGAGUUUGAACAUGUCACUAGUACCUAUGUUAUUCAUUUAUUCCUUACUA